GCCUGCAUGCCGAUCCAUCGGACCUCAUGGUCGUUCGUUGCGGAUGAUGAGCGAUCCGUGCACUGAGAGGUGCUCGUCGCUUUUGCACUUUGACCAUUCUCUCUCUAAUCCCGAAGCACGGCCCGUCCAGUGGUACGGAAGGCUGGGCGUAAGAGCGGAGUGCGCUUGUUUCCUCGACCGUCCCUGGAGUGCCGGUACGAGCCUCAGCUUCCCGUGUGAUCCUUGGUCCUCCCACACCUUCAACCUGCUCACCGGAACGACAAAGGAGAGCAAAAAUGUGUGCUCGCCUUCUCCUCCUUACAAUUCUCUCUUUCUCCUUACUGGUGUCCACGGCCAUGGCCAAGGUCGCAACGAACAACGGUGAUUCGCGUCCUUUCAAAACGGUCACCACAGAUGGCGCCGCUCUGUCGCACAAGACCUUUGACGUGAUCAUCGUCGGCGGCGGCCUCUCUGGCAUGACGCUGGCCAACCGACUGAGCGCCUCUUUGCCUCUCAAGAAUAUUCUCGUCAUCGAAGCGGGUGACGACACGAGAAAGAACACCAACGUCAGCACAUAUGCAUCUCUCAUUGCGGCAAAUGCAGACCCACACAUUAAUUGGCAGUUCCCCACGGUGGCCCAGACGCAGGCGGGCCAGCCAGGUGGCGUCAACUUUACCAAGUCCAUUGAUGCGGGAAAGGGUCUCGGAGGCGGCACCUCGAUCAACGGCGGCAUCUACGAUGCGCCAGUCAAGGCGCAGGCCGAGACCUUUUUCAAAGGCGGCUGGACGGCACUCGUGAAGGGCAUGAAGAAGACACAAAACUUCCACCCUCCUUCCACCGCCCAGGUCAAGUCUGGAGGCGCCACUUAUGACCCCUCGGUGCAUGCCACGGGAGGACCUGUGGACCUGGCGUUCAGCGAGUCAAUGUAUCUAGGCCCGCAUCAGCACGCUUUCCUCACGAGUCUGCGCCAAGCUCUGCCCGGUCUCCGAAAGAACAAAGAUCAUGCCAAUGGUGACAACGACGGGGUUGCUGUCGUGCCACAAGCCAUCGUUCCGGGCAAUCCAAAUCAGGUUCGGGUCAGCUCCGCCACGGCGUACCUCUCUCCCAUCGAGGACAAGCGUCCCAACUUGACCGUGUUGACGGGCUGGAGGGCAGCAAAAAUAGACUGGUGCACCACCUCCUCGUCGAAUCGCAAGAGAGCUGAUGGCGUCACGAUUCAGCAGACGAAAGAUGGCCCUACUUACGGUGUCCUUCUUCGAGCCAAGACGGGACAGAUCAUCGUGUCAUCAGGCACCAUUCGAUCGCCCCUCUUCCUCGAGCACUCGGGUGUGGGUGACGCUGCCGUGCUCUCCAGCGCUGGUAUCGCGAAGCAGGUCGAGCUGGCGGGCGUGGGCAAGAACUUGCAGGACCAGGCGCUCAACUACAUCUUUCUCCCCCGAGAUGGCUCGGUAGACUUGCACGGAACGGGACCUCAGAACAUCAAGGCCAUGGCCAGCGCCAAGUACCUCUUUCCGAACAACCUCAAGGCCGUCGAAAGCCAGGUGCGAUCCAGGCUGAGGAGCUGGGUGGCCGAUAUGGUCCGAUCAGGUGCCGUCGCGAGCGAAGUGGGCCUGUUGGAACAGUACGACACGCAGGUCAAGGGCAUCUUCGAACAGGGCUGGCCCAUCGCCGAGUUCCUCUUCCAGACUCAGAUUGACGACAUACCGUUGCCAGGCAUCCCAAAGAACAAAAACAUGGUUCUGCAGGCCUGGUAUCUGAGCCCCUUUUCUCGAGGAAAGACGCAUGCCAAGUCUGCUUCGACAUGGGACAGUCCCGAGCUCGACCCGCGCUACUGGAGCGCAGAGUUCGACCUCGAGGUGCAGGUGGCUGCCAUGCAGGCCAGCCGGAGGACGUUUGAGAUGCCCGACAUGAAGAAGCUAUCCACUGGCGACAAGGUGGAGAUCCUGCCUGGGUUCCAGGUUGUCCCUAACUCCCCCGAGGGAGGCGACCCCAAGGCCUGGACGCCUUUCAUCCUCGCUUCCUACCGGUCCGCUGUGCAUCCCGUCGGCACCUGCUCCAUGAUGCCUCUGAGCAAGGGCGGCGUUGUCGACGAAGAGUUCAAAGUCUAUGGCACCGACAACGUUCGCGUCGUCGAUGCCUCGGUCCUCCCCAUGGAGCUCACCUCACACAUAACAGCGACGCUCUAUGCGCUUACGGAGAGGGCCGCCGUGGUGCUUGCCAGGUCCAUGCUCCCAGUCUCAUCUCACCUUUAAAGUCUACCAUCCUUUUAAGUCUGCUCACACGACAGAAUUGCGAACAAAUACAAUUAUGGUCC